CCCUCUUCGUCUUGAUGGAUCUUGUUUCUUGUCCCUUUCUCCUCUUUUUACGCCUGUUAGCGUGUGUGUGUGUGUGUGUGUGUGUUUGUGUAUUGUGUGUGGGUUUGUCUGUGGCGCCCUGAAGAACAUCCGCGCAUGUCACCCUGGCGCAGUCUUUGCCGUGGGCCAUCACUGAUCAACAUCAACAACAACAACAACAACCUCCACGCUACGUCUCGUCGUCAUGGUCAAACUCGGGGCACUCUCUGCCCUCGCGCUCGGCCUCGGCACCGUUGGGGCCGCCUCCUCAUCUGCCGAUGAUGGUGGCUGCGUUGGCGUAAACGCUGUGAGCGCGAGGUGCAGCCCUCAGGAAACUCUGCACAGCCGAGAGUUCUUCUACGUCGGAGGCCAGACCGCCGCCGACCCGACGGGCAACAUCACCGUCGGCCAGCUGUACGUCGAGAAGCUGACGCCCCUCAUCAAGCUCCGGCCGACCCCCUUGGUCUUCAUCCACGGCGGCGGCGUCUCGGGCACCACGUGGCUCAACACCCCGGACAACCGCCCCGGCUGGGCCACCUACUUCCUCAAGCAGGGCUACCAGGUCUACCUCAUCGACGCCAACAGCAUCGGCCGGUCGACCGUCAACAACCCGGCCGCCUUCAGCAUGGCCGUCGGCAUGUCUGACGAGUUCGUCGAGAUGGGCUUCACCGCCGUCAAGGCUUACAACACCUACCCUCAGUCCCAGCUGCACACCCAGUGGCCCGGCACGGGAAUGCGGGGGGAUCCCUUCUUCGAGCAGUUCCAGCAAAGCUUCAUCCCAUACACCAGCAGCUACGUCCCGCAGGAGCUGGCCGUGCGUGCCGCCGCCUGCGACCUGCUCUCCCUCAUCGACGCACAGUCCUACCUCGUCUCCCACUCGCUGGGGUCCAAGUUCGCCAUCGGCAUCUCCAACGACUGCCCCGAGCACUUGGCCGGCAGCAUCAACCUCGAGCCCUCCACCAUCCCUUUCCGCGCCUACGGCUACGCCCUCGGCAGCACCGCCGCUAACCCCUGGGGCCUGACCAACACGCCCGUCGACUACGAGCCCGCCGUCUCGAGCUCCGCCGAGCUCAACGCCUCGGUCGAGUCCGUGGGCCAGGAGUCGCUCGCUCGCCGCAACUGCUACCGCCAGAAGGAGCCCGUCCGACGCCUCCCAAAGAUCGCCAGCGUCCCCUACGUCGCCCUGACCGGCGAGGCCAGCGUGCACGUCACCUACGACCACUGCAUCAUCGACUACCUGAAGCAGGUGGGUGGCCGGCCGGAGUGGAUCAAGCUGGGCGACAUCGGCAUCAGGGGCAACGGCCACUUCAUGCACCUGGAGAAGAACAGCCUCGACAUCGCCGCCGUGGUCCACUCUUGGAUCAAGAAGCAGCAAAACUGGUGGUGGUAGGGUUGCCGUAGUCGUGCAGCUGGGCUGGAUAACCCAUCAUCGACCUAUGUACAUAGUAUAAGUAUAGAGUAAUGCUAAUGCUAGAACUC